AUGGGGGCUCAACUCUCCAAGAUGAUGGGCAAGAUCUUCGGGUCCAAGGAGAUGCGACUGCUCAUGCUGGGGCUUGACGCUGCCGGAAAGACGACAAUCCUCUAUAAGCUCAAGCUCGGCCAGGACGUCACUACCAUACCCACGGUUGGUUUCAACGUCGAGACCGUCACCUACAAGAACGUCAAGUUCAACGUCUGGGACGUCGGUGGCCAAGACAAGAUCCGGCCCCUGUGGCGACACUAUUUCAGUGGCACGCAAGGUCUUAUCUUCGUCAUCGACUCCUCCGACCGAGCACGGAUCGACGAGGCGAGGCAAGAACUGCACCGCAUCAUCAAUGACCGGGAGAUGAAAGACAGCUUGCUGCUGGUAUUCGCAAACAAGCAAGAUAUCAAGGAAGCUAUGAAGCCUACAGAAGUGACCGAGGCACUGCAACUCUCCAAGCUGAAGGACAAGGUCUGGUACGUUGUGCCCAGUUGCGCCACCACCGGUGAAGGUCUUCUAGAGGGUCUGGCGUGGCUGUCGAACAACGUCAAGGCCCCGCCCGCACCCGCCAAGAAGUAG